AUGGUAUCUGUUAAGCAAGCAUUCGAGGCAGCCAAUCAGGACCAUUUAUUCGCGUACUACGAUGAGUUAAACGAAGAUCAAAAACUGGCAUUGGAAGCUCAGUUGUCAAAAAUUGGCUCUAACCCAAAGGAAUUGGUGUCUACAGUCGGUGAUGCCAUCAAGUUUUCCGGUAGUAAUGUUUCAAGCAAGAAGUUUGCUCAAUUGCCCUCUGAAUCAACGGCUUCUCUCUUGGAAGUAGCCAAUGAUGUCAAGGACAAAUGGAGGAAAUUGGGUUUACAAGCAGUGGCAAAUAAUGAAGUGGGGAUUCUUUUAAUGGCUGGUGGUCAAGGUACAAGAUUAGGAUCAACUGCACCUAAAGGAUGCUAUGAUAUUGGACUUCCAAGUCAUAAAUCCUUAUUUCAAAUACAAGCAGAGAGAAUCAUCAAGUUGCAACAAUUGGCUGCUGAAACGUAUAAUAAAGAGUUGGAAAAAGUGGUUGUAAAUUGGUAUAUUAUGACUUCUGGUCCUACCAGACCUGCUACUGAAGAGUUUUUCCAAUCUAACAAUUACUUUGGAUUAAAAUCCAGUCAAAUCACCUUCUUUGAUCAAGGCACUUUGCCCUGUUUCAACUUGGAUGGUACGAAGAUUUUAAUGGAGAAGAAAGACAAGAUUUGCGAAUCUCCAGAUGGUAACGGGGGUUUAUAUAAAGCUCUUUAUGACAACGGAAUUGUGGACUCCUUCCAAAAGAACGGCAUUAAACAUAUUCAUAUGUAUUGCGUUGAUAACUGCUUGGUUAAAGUUGGAGAUCCUAUUUUCAUUGGAUACGCCAUUGAUCAACAAAAGGAGUUGUGCACUAAAGUUGUUAGAAAGAGAAGUGCCAAUGAAAGUGUUGGGUUAAUCGUUAUGGAUGAAGAUACCCAAAGACCAAGUGUCAUUGAAUACUCUGAAAUUUCUGAGGAAUUAGCCAAUAAAAAGGAUUCUAAUGAUGAAUCAAAAUUAUAUCUUCGAGCUGCCAACAUUGUGAAUCAUUAUUAUUCUGUUGAUUUGCUUGUUAAAUACGUUCCAAAAUGGAUUUCUUCAAGAGAAUAUUUACCAUUCCAUAUUGCAAAAAAGAAGAUUCCUGGGCUAAAUGAAAAUGGGGAGUAUUAUAAACCAACUGAACCAAAUGGUAUUAAAUUGGAACAAUUUAUAUUUGAUGUUUUCCCAUCUGUUGAUAUGUCAAAGUUUGGAUGUCUUGAGGUUAAUAGAUCAGAAGAGUUUUCUCCUUUGAAGAAUGCCGAUACCGCUUCUAAUGAUACUCCAACCACAUGCAGAUUGGAUUUGUUGAAACUUAAUACCAGCUGGCUUAAACAAAAUGGUGGAUCGACCAAUGGAUUGGUUGAAAUCUCUCCAUUAAUAUCUUAUAGUGGUGAAAACUUAGAGAGCGUUGUUGAAGGUAAAUCUUUUGAAGAUGGUACUAUUAUUUGA